CCCGCGGCGGGCCCCGCCCCCCGGCCAAUCGGACCAGCGCUCGUCCGAGCCCAGAUUCUCUUUGUUCCGCAGCCAUUUCAGGCCCCGGACGGGAGGCAGCGCCGCUUCGGCAGAGGGCCCGAGCGCCGGAGGCCUCUGGGAUGGUGUGGGACCGGCAAACCAAGAUGGAGUAUGAGUGGAAACCUGACGAGCAAGGGCUUCAGCAAAUCCUGCAGCUGCUGAAGGAGUCCCAGUCCCCAGACACCACCAUCCAGAGAACCGUGCAACAAAAACUGGAACAACUCAAUCAAUAUCCAGAUUUUAACAACUACCUGAUUUUUGUUCUUACAAAAUUAAAAUCUGAAGACGAACCCACAAGAUCAUUGAGUGGUCUCAUUUUGAAGAAUAAUGUGAAAGCACAUUUUCAGAACUUUCCAAAUGGUGUAACAGACUUUAUUAAGAGUGAAUGUUUAAACAAUAUUGGUGACUCCUCUCCUCUGAUUAGAGCCACUGUAGGUAUUUUGAUUACAACCAUAGCCUCCAAGGGAGAAUUGCAGAAUUGGCCUGACCUCUUACCAAAACUCUGUAGCCUGUUGGAUUCUGAAGAUUACAACACUUGUGAGGGAGCAUUUGGCGCCCUUCAGAAGAUCUGUGAAGAUUCUGCUGAGAUUUUAGAUAGUGAUGUUUUAGAUCGUCCUCUCAACAUCAUGAUCCCCAAGUUUUUACAGUUCUUCAAGCACAGUAGUCCAAAAAUAAGGUCUCACGCUGUUGCAUGUGUCAAUCAGUUUAUCAUCAGUAGGACUCAAGCUCUGAUGUUGCACAUUGAUUCUUUUAUCGAGAACCUCUUUGCAUUGGCUGGUGAUGAAGAACCAGAGGUACGGAAAAAUGUGUGCCGGGCACUUGUGAUGUUGCUUGAAGUUCGAAUGGAUCGCCUGCUUCCUCACAUGCAUAAUAUAGUUGAGUACAUGCUCCAGAGGACGCAAGAUCAAGAUGAAAAUGUGGCUUUGGAAGCCUGUGAAUUCUGGCUCACUUUGGCUGAGCAACCCAUAUGCAAAGAUGUACUCGUAAGGCAUCUUCCUAAAUUGAUUCCUGUGUUAGUGAAUGGCAUGAAGUACUCAGAUAUAGAUAUUAUCCUUCUUAAGGGUGAUGUUGAAGAAGAUGAAACAAUUCCUGAUAGUGAACAAGAUAUAAGGCCACGUUUUCAUCGAUCGAGGACAGUGGCUCAGCAGCACGAUGAAGAUGGAAUUGAAGAGGAAGACGAUGAUGACGAUGAAAUUGAUGAUGACGAUACAAUUUCUGACUGGAAUCUAAGAAAAUGUUCUGCUGCUGCCCUAGAUGUUCUUGCAAAUGUGUAUCGUGAUGAGCUUUUGCCACAUAUUUUGCCCCUUUUGAAAGAAUUACUUUUUCAUCAUGAAUGGGUUGUUAAAGAAUCUGGCAUCUUGGUUUUAGGAGCAAUUGCUGAAGGUUGCAUGCAAGGCAUGAUUCCAUACUUACCUGAGCUCAUUCCUCACCUUAUUCAGUGCCUCUCUGAUAAAAAGGCUCUUGUGCGUUCAAUAACGUGCUGGACUCUUAGCCGCUAUGCACAUUGGGUAGUCAGCCAGCCCCCCGAUACGUACCUGAAGCCAUUAAUGACAGAAUUGCUAAAGCGAAUCCUGGACAGCAACAAGAGAGUACAAGAAGCUGCCUGCAGUGCCUUUGCUACCCUAGAAGAGGAGGCUUGUACGGAACUUGUUCCUUACCUUGCUUAUAUACUUGAUACCCUGGUCUUCGCGUUUAGUAAAUACCAGCAUAAGAACUUGCUCAUUCUUUAUGAUGCCAUAGGAACUUUAGCAGAUUCAGUAGGACAUCAUUUAAACAAACCAGAAUAUAUUCAGAUGCUAAUGCCUCCACUGAUCCAGAAAUGGAACAUGUUAAAGGAUGAAGAUAAAGAUCUCUUCCCUUUACUAGAGUGCCUAUCUUCAGUUGCCACAGCCCUGCAGUCUGGUUUCCUUCCAUACUGUGAACCUGUGUACCAGCGUUGUGUGAACCUCGUACAGAAGACUCUUGCACAAGCCAUGCUGAACAAUGCUCAACCAGAUCAGUAUGAGGCUCCAGAUAAAGAUUUUAUGAUAGUGGCUCUUGAUUUACUCAGUGGCCUGGCUGAAGGACUUGGAGGCAACAUUGAACAGCUGGUAGCCCGAAGUAACAUUCUAACACUAAUGUAUCAGUGCAUGCAGGAUAAAAUGCCAGAAGUUCGACAGAGUUCCUUCGCUCUCUUAGGUGACCUGACGAAAGCUUGCUUUCAGCAUGUUAAGCCUUGUAUAGCUGAUUUCAUGCCUAUACUGGGAACCAACCUAAAUCCAGAGUUCAUUUCAGUCUGCAAUAAUGCCACAUGGGCAAUUGGAGAAAUCUCCAUUCAAAUGGGUAUAGAGAUGCAGCCUUAUAUUCCUAUGGUGUUGCACCAGCUUGUAGAAAUCAUUAACAGACCCAACACACCAAAGACGUUGUUAGAGAAUACAGCAAUAACAAUUGGUCGUCUUGGUUACGUUUGUCCUCAAGAGGUGGCCCCCAUGCUACAGCAGUUUAUAAGACCCUGGUGCACUUCUCUGAGAAACAUAAGGGACAAUGAGGAAAAGGAUUCAGCAUUUCGUGGGAUUUGUACCAUGAUCAGUGUGAAUCCCAGUGGAGUAAUCCAAGAUUUUAUAUUUUUUUGUGAUGCUGUUGCAUCGUGGAUUAACCCAAAAGAUGAUCUGAGAGACAUGUUCUGUAAGAUCCUUCAUGGAUUUAAAAAUCAAGUUGGGGAUGAAAAUUGGAGGCGUUUCUCUGACCAGUUUCCGCUUCCCUUAAAAGAGCGUCUUGCAGCUUUUUAUGGUGUUUAAUCUCAUACACUUAAGCUGCAGUCCCAUAAUUAGGGGUCCUUCAGUCUUGGAGACUAUGAGGGAGCCUCUGCACCCAGGGAAAAUGUUACCCUUUACAGGGGGGAAGGGUAAACCAGUAGGGAAUACAGUACAAUCCCAACCCUACUGGGAGGGGCGGGAGGGAGGUGUUGCCGUCACUGUAUUAAGUCGAUGUUGGGAAACGUUUUAACAUCUGGAGCCUUUGUGGGUGGAAAUCUGUCUCCAAUUACAACUCCGCACUGGAUGUGAAGAAGCAAAAACAAAAAACAAAACAAAACAAAAAACAAAACCUAUUCAGUCUACUCACAAAACAGUACAUCCUGGAAUAUUAUGGGGAAUUGUACCAAAACAAGAACCACAUAAAUGAUGCAUAGGGAUAAGAAAGAGGAAAAAUUCUAUAGCGCACAAUAAAGGAAACCUAAGAAUGGGGUUACAAACAGUAAAGAAGCUUUUUUUUUUUUUCUUAAUUUAAAGAUUUUUAUAAAUUUUCCCACAUGAUGGGGCCUUGUUUUUGCAUGCUGAUGAAGAACUACACAAAUGAAGCUAAUAGAAUUAAAAUCAGCUUGCCUACCCAUAGUAGAAGCAGGUUCUUGGAAGUUACAAUUUAAGGUACCCCAAAAAAGUUGGAAAUAAAACCAAGCAAAUUUAAACAAUGAAGCACCCUGUGAAAUGCCAAAUGAGUCACUCCUUUUACCUUUGUGGGAUGGGCAGGGAGGGAGGAAUAAAUGGGGUUGGGCAUAUCAAACUAAAGAUUGACAUCUUGAUUUUGCAUUAAAACAUUAAUGUAGUGGAUAUAAUUUGAUGGUUGUACUUCAUUAGAUUUAAUUUCUAGGCCAAGACGUUCUUUUUAAAGUGCAGUUUAAGGUUCAGGCAUGCAUUCUGGCUCAUAGUGAUUGAAAGUACUUUAAAUUAGUGGGGAAGUAGCAUGCUUGCAUCACAUAGAGUGAGAUUGGUAUUCAUUUACCUCUGGUGCGCCAGUGUGUGUUGCAGUUUACCAAUUCAAUAUAGCCCUGCAUUUAAAAUUCCUUUUUAAGAUUUGUGGAUUUUUUAUUUUUAUUAAGAAUAUAGAUAUAAACUACUGUAGUUUACAGCUAGGCCUUGAAAUAUCUUUUUAGGAUCUUGUUAGGAGUAAGAUUGAUAUUGUAUUGUGUGUAACCUGCACAAUGUGGAAAGCUGAUAUACCUGUGCAAAAUCUUUGCCUCCGUGCUGUCAGUGUGAUGUGCUUUCUGCAUGGUUAUAUACUACUAGUGAUUUUAUCAAAACUUCUAAAACAUAAAAUACAUGGUAAAAGAUCUGUAAGAGGCUGCAUAAAUGUUAGUUGGCACAUAAAGACAAUUGUAGAAGUUGAAAGACAUGAUUGCUAUAUCUCAAUGUUUAUUCCCACUCAGCAUAUUGCCUUCUAAGCUUUCUUUUUUUGUUCAAAGCAUGAUCUUAAAGAUGUUUAAGUUAAUGGAUGUAAUGCAGGGUUCCUACACUGUAUUGGCGCAUGUUGGUGGCCCUCUGUGCCCUAGACAGAUGCACACAGGGUGCAAGUAAAAAGCUACAGAGUGAAAGUUGGUUUGGAUCCUCUUCAUUUCAUUUGUUUAGCUUUUCUGUUAUUUUUCUCUACUUACAUGUAUUCCUGUGAAUAAAUCCUUGUUAAGUUAACCCUUUA